CAUCAAUCACCCUCUUGUUGCCGUAGGAUGGAUACCACUCCGUAAUCCUGUGCUUACAAAACGUAUCUACUAUUUGGGAGAGUGUUAUAGUAGACUCUUGUAGAUUAUUUAAAUAUGAACAUGUUCCGUAGUUCCGUAGUUGGAGGAGCAUACUUCAAGCCAGCAGCACUUACACACUUACACCUACCAACUAACACCAACCUUUUUCAUCCUAAACUACUUCAACCAGAAUACUAAAAAUGCCUUCCUACGUGAUUAUGGGUGCAUCUCGAGGACUCGGCUUCGAGUUCUUACGCCAGCUCUCUGAGGAUCCAGCGGCAGUCGUUAUUGGACUUGCUCGUGAUAAAGACUGGACGGAGAAAAAAGUAUCUUCUCAGAUUGGACGCUCCAACAUCCAUAUUCUCCACGGAGAUUUAGAUGAUUAUAAAUCCAUUAAGAAAGCAGCGGAAGAUGCCGCCAAGAUCACUGGAGGCGGUUUAGACUAUCUCAUCGCCAAUGCCGCUGCAUUUUCUUCAAAAUCGGGUCUCUUGACUUUUAAUGACAUGGCCGACGAUCCUGAGGGUCUAGAGGAAGAUUUACUCAAGUCCUUCAAGGCUAAUGUAGUUGGAAAUAUCCACCUAUUCAACUACUUUCUGCCCCUGAUCCGGAAAGGAGAAGCCAAGAAAGUUAUUUCGAUCUCGACCGGUAUUGCCGACUACGACUUCGUGAGGGAGACAGACUAUGAAAUAGCCGGGUCAUACACUACGAGCAAAGCAGCUCUCAACCUCGCAGUCGUCGAGUACCAUGCCCAAUUUCACCACGAAGGGAUUUUAUUCUUCAGUAUCUCGCCUGGUGUUGUUGCUACGGAUGGUCAAAAUGCCGCAGGAGAUAACAAGUCUGAAAAGGAGCUCGAAAACCGGCAAAAGAUGUUUGACAAGUUCGCCAAAUAUGCACCUCACUUUAAAGGCCCAAUGACUCCAGAAGAGUCUGUCAAGCUCGUCAUGAAGGUUAUCUACAAUGCAAGUCUUGAGCGUGGAGAUGGGGGGUCAUUUGUCUCUCAUUUAGGCACUAGGCAAUGGCUUUAAGGGACAGCGUAGAAAGAUGAUAUAUAGGUUUAAGCGCGGAGAGUAGCUAUCACCUUCGGAAAGGUCUCAGACAGACAGAAUGGAAAUCAGGACUACAUUCUCCUCCACCAAUAUUGCUACAUAGACAGCACUGCCAAGAACUGUUAGCCGCAAUAUGGACGCGGCCAAGGAUCAACAAUGCGAUGAGGAUAAUCAUUCUAGGAAUAAUUAGAUGAGGCUUGUCACCAGAAUCUGCAGGUGUUUUAUUGUUGGC